AUGGAGAAUGUUGGUGCUGGGGUGCCGUUUUACGAUUUAGGGCAAACAAGGGUUUAUCCACUCUUCUCUGAUUUUAACGAUCUAUCGGCGGAGAGGUAUCCGGUACGGUUCAUGGAUUUACUUGGUGUUCAUCGUAAUGCCCUCACCCAUACGCCGCUUAUGCACUUUCCCACGACUACACCUCACUCGUCCUCGAGCGAAGCUGUGAAUGGAGAUCAUGAAAAGAAGAGUGAGAACGACGAGGAGGAAGAAGAAGAAGAAGAAGAUGGAGAAGAAGAGCAACAUAAGACAUAUAAGAGGUUUAAAAUAACAAAGAGUAUAAAGCAGACGAAAGUGAAGGUGCAAAAAGUGUCAUUCAUCACGAAGAGUGAGGUUCUUAAUCUAGAUGAUGGUUACAAGUGGAGAAAAUACGGUCAAAAACCUGUCAGAAACAGUCCUUUUCCAAGGAAUUAUUACCGUUGCACAACAACUUGUUGUGAUGUGAAGAAGAGAGUGGAGAGAUCAUUCAGUGAUCCAAGCAGUGUAAUCACCACUUACGAAGGCCAACAUACUCAUCCUCGUCCAGUACUCUACAUACCCAAAGGAGACCGCCUUGGAUUCAAUGGCUCAGCUUCUAGAUCCCAUCUUGCCCUCCCUACACUCCCUCCUCAGCUUGUAGAUUACAACAGCCAUCAACAACAAGGCCAGUCUUCUUUUGGAGCUGAAUACGUUAUCAGGCAAGAAAAAGGAUCUCAUGAUCAUGAUGACCAUGAUGAUGACCAUGAUGAUCAUGUAGUGAAGAAGAGUCGAACUCGGGAUCUGCUGGAUGGAGCUGGUUCAGUCAACGAUGAUGGUCUUCUUCAAGAUGUUGUUUCCUCUCGUAUCAUUAAGGAAGAUUAA